AUGUCCGCUGAUUCCCAACACCCUAUGGGGGAAACCGCAACUCACCAAGGUCAUCCCUCUCUGAGUGCUAGAGUCUAUGACCCUCAAUGGGACGACCCAGCAUACCAUCCGCCCCAUAUAGGUAGGAGUGCUGCAUUCUUAACGCGUCAAUCGGAGUAUCAACAGCACACAUACGAGGGACUAUUUAACCCUUCCGGCCUCACUGUUGGUAUCGGCGCUUCGAAUAGCCUCGCACUAUCAAGCUCUACCCAAGGGUAUGCUGAUAGGUUGUUCCCUGGGGAACAACCUCAGUCAGAUGAUGGACUUAGUGUCAUCACUUGCACAAGUGAUGCUAAAUCAGAUCAUCUCAGUGACCGGGCAUAUAACAUAGAAAACGAACGUUCACUAGCAGAUGAAAGGAAACGACAAUCUAACGUAAAGGCAAGUCGAAGAUUUCGACUUCGUCAAAAGGACAAAUUGAGGGAGAUCCCAGAUUUGAAAAGGACGAUAGAAGAACAAUCAACCAUGAUUGAAAGUCAGUCACAGAGGAUCAAGCAAUUAGAAAGAUAUAUAGAAUCAUGGAAUCUAUCCGUUCCCAAACAGGAGCUGUCCAGGGAUUUUGAUUCUGGUCAUCACGAUGAUACGACUCAAUACUAG